UAAUGUUGACCUGUUGACUGCCAAGAGAUUUGACAGGUGUGAACAUUUCUUGUAAAUAGCCUUGGGCUUUUGUCUUAUACACUCGGCUGUAAUUAUAAAUACUUCCAACUCUUUUGCAAAUAAAUGUUAUUCCAAAUAGAGGAUUUAUGUAUGCAUUACUUAUUACAGGGCUGCCACCCGAUGACUUGAAGUGGGAAAAGAACAAAAGCAAUGCCUGGCCUAAACUGAUGUACGAGGAUCUUGUUGACUAUUUGAUACAUGCAAAAGCAUAUGAUGGAAAGGCCAUGAAAUCCUUUAGGUCGUUGUAUGGAUAUAACUAUGUACAAAAUGGUUGGAUGGGUGAUAUGUGGUCCAUUGAAUGUGAGGGUAUGACUUACAUAAAGGCCAAAAUUUCGCCGAGUCAGCCAGGCGUUGGGCGCAAGGACUACAACUCAUGGAUUGCGGUUUCUAGUGAAAAUACUGUUGAGACUGGCCAUUGUUCUUGUCCAGCUGGCAAUGCCCGAUCGUGUAGUCAUAUAUCAGCAAUUAUUUAUGCAAUUACACUGGCGUGGGCGAAUGGUGUAGGUGGGGAAACGUGUACAGACAAACAGCGGGCUUGGGGUAAAGGAGCUGCGCAAGUACUGUCACAUGACACCAUUUCAGAUAUGGUGUUUGACCGACCAAGCCCAUUUCAGCUACAACCAUGUACUGAGAAAACAGCCAACAAGACCAACACGGAUACAGAUUGUCCACCUCGUACUGAACAGUUUCUGGACCAUAGUGACUUACAGGACUUUGUGUCAAAUUCCACAGUGGCAAACAUUUGGGAGUGUAAAGGUACAAUGUUGUACAAAAUGCUACAUGCACCAGAGGUUAAAAGGGACAUAAAUGAAGAAAUCCUGCACCAAGAACAUGUGAAAAUGCCUCGUAUCCUGUUUAAGGGAUGCUUUGCUACACGUCAUGGACAGAAAUACGAACCAGUUGCACGAGCCUGGUAUGAAAGCGUUUCUGGUCACAAGGUUAGAAAAUCUGGGAUUGUUGUUAGUUUAACGGAGCCAUAUAUUGCUGCCAGCCCAGAUGGUGUUAUAGACGAAAGAACAAUUGUGGAAAUAAAAUGUCCAACACGCCCGCUAGAAGACCUCAUAUCAUCAGGAAAAUAUGAUGUUCUACUCGAAGAUGGUCAGCCGAAAUUGAGCCCCAAGGGAAAAAAUGGCUAUUAUUGCCAAGUGCAAGUUGCAAUGUUUUGCACUGAGUCAACUAUGUGCAAGUUUGUUGUGUGGACAGCUGAAAAGCAGUGUGUUGUGGAUGUUCAAUACAGUAAAGACUUUAUAAAGGGCAUUCUUCCUAGAAUCCGUGACUUUUAUUUUAAGCACCUCCUUGUUAGACUAACAGAUGAGUUCCAGGCAAGUCGUCUGAAAAUUUCCCCGGAAUACAAAUCCUUGUGCCGUUAA